GCUGUACUCCAGCAGUGAGCAGAAAGAAAGUGUUUUUUUCCCUGGAAAUACACGAGCGGACGUUGAACUGUGGAAGCUCCUUGUUUAUCUGAGUGAUCUUGCAAAGAGGCUGUGAGAAGAGAAAAUCCAAGCUGUUUAAUCGCUACUAACCUGGUCAAGUGGUUGAAGACGGGAUGAGUUCUGUGUGCCUGCAUGUCAUGGGCUUCAUUUGCAGCACGCUGGGUUGGAUUAGCCUCCUGAUCGCCACCGGCAGCAAAGAGUGGGUUCAAACUUGCUCCAUGCAAGCAAGUGCUUGCCAACAAUUCCAAAGCAUUAAACUACGGGGACUGUGGACAGAAUGCUAUCGAUCAGCUGAAGCCUACCACUGCAAGACGUUAUCCGAUAUCCUCAGAAUCCCAGCCUACCUGCAGGCCAGCCGUGCCCUGAUGAUCACUGCCUCCAUCCUGGGACUGCCCGCCAUUCUCCUCAUACUCAUGGCGUUACCGUGCAUGCGUCUCGGAGCCGAAAACCGUUCUUCCAAGCACAAGCGAUCCAUGCUGGGUGCUUUUCUCCUCAUUCUGCUGGCGAUCUGUUCAGCAGUAGCCACCAUUUGGUUUCCAGUGGGAGUUCACGAAGCAGAGUACCUCUUCAACUUUGGCUAUUCACUCUUCCUGGGCUGGAUAGGCACAGGCCUCUGCCUUUUUGGAGGAGCGGUGAUUGCCUGCUGCACCGGCCCUUCACCAGAGCUCCCAGAGAACCGAUACUAUUUUGCUUCACAGGGGUCUUCUUCCAUGGUGAACCCAACACACGCCAAGAGUGCGCACGUCUAAGGAACAAGUGUGUGGACGAGAAUAUCUCGUGUCAAUUAACUAGAGGCAAAGCACCAAUCUGAAAACACACUAUCUUCUGACAGAAUGGAGGACGGCGAUGGAAGUUAUUCUUCAUGUUGGACAGAUAAAUCAACCCUGGUUUAUGAUUUUAUUGUUGAUUUUUGCCAGAAUACGUUGAGGAAUAGUCACUGAGAAAUAAUGAGAAAUAUUGGUUCAUUGUUAUGCAAAUGUAUAACUUCAGAAGCUGAAGCGAGUCUUUAUCUGCUAAGGGGCGGGUGGGUUUCAAAGUUCUAUGUAAAUUUAGUGUCUAAGUUACAUAUAUGUCACCAUAUACAACCCUGAGAUUCACUUUCUUGCAGGCAUUCACAGUAAGUAGAAAUUAAAACAACAGAAUCAAUGAAAGAAACGCAUGAAAAAAUGGACAGUCGAUGGGCAAAAGACAGCAAACUGUGCAAAUACAUAAAGAAAGAAAGAUAAUAAUAAUAAAUAAGUCUUAGAAGUACAGAACAUGAGUUUUAGAGUUCUUAAAAGUGAAUCCAUCAAUUGUGGGAACAGUUCAGUGUUGGAGUGAGUGGAGUUGAGUGAAGUUAUCUCCUCUGGUUCAGGAGCCUGACGGUUGAGGGGUAAUAACUGUUCCUGAACCUGGUGGUGCAGGACCUGAGGCUCCUGCACAUUUCUUCCCAAUGGCAGCAGUGAGAAGAGAGCAUGGAUUGGAUGGUGGUGGAUGUUGAGAGGGGUGGGGAAGAGUUCAGGUUAUGGCAUUGAGGCAGGAGAUAGUUUUAGUUUACUUACUGAUCUAAGCUGGACCUGUGGGUAAAGUAAGCCAGGGACUCAAACAUAAGACAUGACAUUGGAGCAGAAAUAGGCUAUUCGGCCCAUCUAGUAUGUUCUGCCAUUCCAUCAUGACUGAUCCAUCAUUCCUCUUAAGCCCAUGCUCCAGCCUUCCCCCAGUGACCUCUGACACCCUGAUUCAUCACAAACCUAUCACCCUCUGCCUUAAAUACACCCAAUGACUUGGCCUCCAAAGUUGUCUGUGGCAAUAAGUUCUUUAGAUUCCAAGAUAUGUAUUUUCAUCUCUUUUAUAAAGGGUUGUUCUUCUAUACUGAGGCUGUGCCCUCUGGUCCCAUACUCCUCCAUAUUAGGAAACAUCCUCUCCACAUCUACUCUAUUUGUAUCUUCUGGUCCAGGCUCCCCCACUGUAGGAAACAUCCUCUCCACAUCCACUCUAUCUAUACCUUUCAAUAUUCAAUAGCUUUCAAUGAUACCCUCCCCCCAUCCUUCUAAACUCCAGCGAAUACAGGCCUAGAGCCAUCAAAUGUUCCUCAGAUGUUAACCUUUUCAUUCCUGGGAUAUCCUGAUGAACCUCCUCUAAACGUUCACCAAUGGCAGCACAUCUUUUCUUAGAAAAGGGACCCAUAGGUUGAGUGAACUCGGUCUUUUCUUCUUGGAACGACUGAGGAUGAGAGGUGACCUGAUAGAGGUGUAUAAGAUGAUGAGAGGCAUUGAUCGUGUGGAUAGCCAGAGACUUUUUUGUCCCAGGGCUGAAAUGAUUAACACAAGGGGGAAUAGUUUUAAGGUGCUUUGAAACAGGUAUCGAGAGGAUGUCAGGGCCAAGUUUUUUCACACACAGUGGUGAGUGCAUGGAAUGCUGGUGAUAGUGGUGGAGGCAGAUACAAUAAGGUCUUUUAAGAGCCUCUUAGAUAAGUAUGUGGAGCUUAGAAAAAUAGAGGGCAAUCUGGUAGGGAAUUCUCAGCAUUUUCUUAGAGUAGGUUACGUGAUCGGCACAACAUUGUGGGCCAAAGGGCCUAAAAUGUGCUGUAGAUUUCUAUGUUCUAUGUUCUAUGUUUAAAACUGCUCACAAUACCCCAAGUGCGGUCUGAUCAAUGCCUUAUAAAGCCUCAGUAUUACAUCCUUGCUUGUAUAUUCUAAUUCUCACAAAAUAAAUACUAACAUUACAUUUGCCUUCCUCACCGCUUACUCAACCUGCAAGUUAACCUUUAGGAACUCCUGCAAGAGGACUCACAAGUAUCUCUGCACACCUGAUUUUUGAAAUUUUCGAAAUUUUGAAAUAAUCUACAUUAUUCCUUGUGCCAAAAUGCAUGACCAUACACUUCCCUACACUAUAUAUCAUCUGCCACCUCUUUGCCAUUCUCCCACUCUGUCUAAGUCCUUCUGCAUACACCUUACUUCCUCACACUGCCUGCCCCUCCACAUAUGUUCCACAAAAUUGGCCACAAAGCCAUCAAUUCCUUCCUCCAAAGGAAUAUAAAGGUGCCUCAGCACCAAACCCUGCGGCACACCAGUAAUCACUGGUUAUAAAAGGCCUCCUUUAUCCCCACUCAUUGCCUCCUGCCAGUCAGCCAAUCUCCUAUCCUUGCUAGUACCUUUCUGUAAUACCAUGGGCUUUUAUUUUGUUAUGCUGCCUCAUGUGUGGGGCACAUUGUCAAAGGCCUCUUGAAAAUCAAAAUAAACAGCAUCCACUGACUAUCCUUUGUCGAUCCUCUCUGUUAUUUCCUCAAAAAAUUCCAACAGAUCUGUCAGCAAUAACUCCCCUUUCAGAAAACCUGCUAACUGUGGCUUACUUUGUCAUUUGCCUCCUAGAACUCCAAAACCUCCUCCUUAAUAAUAGACUCCAGCAUCUUCCCAACCACUGAGAUCAGGCUAACUGGCCUAUAAUUUUCUUCCUUCUGCCUCCCUCCCUUCUUAAAGAGUGUGUGAUAUUUUCAAUCUUCCAUUCAGGAACAAUUCUAGAACCUAUUGAUUCUUGAAAAAUCAUUACUAAUGCAUCCACAAUCUCUUCAGCCAACUCUUUCAGACCCUGGAGUGUACACCAUCUGAUCCAGGUGACUUAUCUAGCUUUAGACUUCUCAGUGCCCAAGCACCUUCUGCUUAAUAAAAGCAACAACACUCACUUCUGCCCCCAAGACUCUUGAACAGUGUCUUCCACAGUGAAAACUGACGCAAAAUGCUUAAGUUUGUCCAUCAUUUCUUUGUCCCUCAUUAGUCUAGUGUCACUUUCCAGCAGUCGGUAUCUACUCUCAUCUCUAUUUUACGCUUUAUAUAUCUGAAAAAAACUUUACACUUAAAUAUCAUUGGCUAGCUUCCCUAGAUAGUUCACCUUUUUGGCAAUGACUCCUUUCAAUCCCCACUAAUGUCAGCAUUAAUCUUCCAAGCUAAAUCAAAUCCUCCGAUAAUCUCCUUUCAGCAUCAGAUCCCUGGAAGCCACAUGCCUUAUAACUCAAUUUUGUGCCAGCUCUUUUGCAAAUGGAUUUUAAUUAUGAUGGAAUGUCAUAACAGGCUACACAAACAAUGUGAGUAGGAGGAGACGGAGGCUAGAAAACUGUGCCCCCACCACUGCGGCACUUAAUUUCAAAGAUUAUUAAACAUUUCCUUUGAUGUUAGGCCUAAGAAGCAAAGUCAAUUAGUGCUUUUAUCCCAAGGGAAAUCAAAUUCAUGGUUCGUGCAAUGAACUGAGCAGUGUUAAUUAAGACAACAUUCGUGCGCCACAGUUGCUUAGCAGUUAGUGCUACGCUAAUACGGCUACAGUAAAUAGGUGGGUUGCUGCAUGGAGCCACUUGUUGUCUGUAUCUCUAAAUAAAAAUAAAAUAAAUUUUA